AUGGAAGAAGACUUUUCUACCGAAGAUGUACUUGUUGAUAAAAAUUCAAUGCCUGAAGAUGAUCCUAAUGGUAAUACUCUACAUGAUGCUCUUGAUAUACGUUGGGGACCACAACACGCUGGUGCAAAAUUACUUGCGAGUCAAUAUACAAAAGAAAAACGUAUACAAGAAAUAGUUUGCAUUAUUCUAUUCAUUAUAUUAAUGAUCUAUAAUUUUUUCUUCAUAUUACGUUAUUUUGAUGUUCGAAAUUGGUAUCUUAUCAUUCCUGCAGCUUUAUUAGGAAUUUUAACAGCUGAUUUAGCAUCAGGUAUUGUCCAUUGGGGUGCUGAUACAUGGGGCUCUGUUGAUAUACCACUUAUUGGUCGAAAUUUUUUACGUCCAUUUCGAGAACAUCAUAUUGAUCCAACAUCAAUAACACGUCAUGAUUUCAUUGAAACGAAUGGUGACAAUUUUGCAGUUACUGUUCCCUAUCUUUUUUAUAUGGCCUAUAAAUUUACAUUUUUCAAUGAUAGUGAUAUAAGACGUUUAUAUAAUUUUGAAGUUUAUAUGUUUCUCUUGGCUAUUUUUGUUUCCAUGACAAAUCAAUUUCAUAAAUGGUCCCAUACAUAUUUUGGUCUACCUUCUUUUAUUGAUUUUCUACAACGUUAUCAUAUUAUUCUACCUCGAAAACAUCAUCGAAUACAUCAUGUUUUGCCUCAUGAUACAUAUUUUUGUAUUACAACUGGUUGGCUUAAUUGGCCACUUGAAGUAAUUAAUUUUUGGUCACGACUUGAAACAAUUAUUGAAAAAUAUUCAGGAGCAAAACCUCGUUCGGAUGAUUUUGUUUGGGCACAAAAAACAGAAAAAGUUCAUUAUGAAUAA